AUGGCACCCAAGAAGCAGCCCAAGGCCGCAGCGAAGAAGAAGGCGGCCCCUGAGGGGGAGGUUGUCGGCGAGUCGACCGGGUCGAACAACGUCGCCAGAGUUGGGAAGCUCGCGCCGCUCUCGAAGGAGGAGCUCGCUGUCAACGCCGAGAUCUACGCGACUGUCAAUGCGUCGCUGGAGCUCAUCGAGAGUAACCCCGUCUUCUCAGGAAUUAGAGACAUGGCGCCCCUGUCAUUGAAGGUCGCUGGGGACGACGACGCCAAUGAUGACGACCCAAUGAACUGGGGCCAGAUCGCGCCCUUCGACGCCGAGACUUUCACGGACACCUUCAAGACUACGGGGCGGGUCACCUGUGGCAUCAAUUUCUUCGCCAUGGAUGUUACGCACAGCGCUGCGCCAGGGAUUCCGAUUCGCAAGAAGGCGGUGUCAUCCCUGACGGAGCACUACUAUGAUCAGCCUGCAUUCUUCAUGGGCUCCGUGACCAUUGGCGUGGCCAAGGAUAGCGACGACGUUCCGAGCUUGAUGGCGUCGCAUAGUCUGAAGCCCCCCUCCCCAGAAGAGAAGCGCUUCGCCUUCGUCGAGGCGAUCGCGCGGGACAUUCGGGCUGGUAAGGGCGACUUCGUGCUCAAGAGGCAGCGCGCUCUGUCAGUCAGCGCAUGCUUCGUGGAUCUGUCGACUGAUGACGCCCUGCACUGGCAGGCAGUGCAAGAGAGAGAAGAUUUCGGGACAGACUUCGAGGCGAUGCGUCGCAGCGCCGUGCAGCGCCUCUACGAAAUCGUGAACUACAAGAAACGCAAGGAGGACCUUUUGAAGAACACCCUCACCACGCUGCAGCUCCAGGAGGAGUACAAGAAGGUGAAGCUGGGAUCGUACAGCGAGGAGAUCUCCGACACGUUCAUUGAGAUGGCGCUCAAGGUCCACAAAACCUGUUUCGGCAUUCAGUCGAUCUCGAAGCUCCUGCUCAUGUGCGAUUCAGAAUAUGGCAGCCGCAACCCCUUUGACUACCUCACCAAGUUGGACAAAAUCAGCCGGCGGGCCAAGGGUGACGAGCUUUCGUGGGUUUUCCAUGCGCUCCAUGAUGCCUGGAAGUAUGGUUUCAUGACAGACAGCGGCCUGUCCCUGAGAUCCAUCGAAGGCAAGGGCACGCUAGCCGGCAAGAGCGUUGUUGACAUCGCCAUUUUCAAAAUGAAGCUGAGGGAUCUGUUCAUGGAGAAAUUGGCCGAUUUUCCCCAGUGGACGGAGGAGGUGAAAAGCAAAUUCAGGGUCGUGUGCGCCGGCCACUUGCUCUUCCGCGAAUUCAACGGGUGCCCAGACGAACGCGCUAACAUCACCUGGAAGGCGGGGUGGCCGCCGAGCGCGGUGGAAUACCUUGCCUUCAUCGAGGUCGGGACGAAGCCGCCGGAGGAGAAACAGCCUGCCAACGAAGUGGACGUGAAACUUGAUGAUGAGACCGGUGACACUACUUCGCUGACCAACCCGGAAAAUAUUCAGCUGGUCUCGCCGGGGAAUCUCGUGAUCGACGUGUCUGCCAAAAGUGCUGACGAGAUGCAGAAGUUGAACCUCUUCAAGAGGAAGGUCGCGGAGCUGGUGCGGUCCCACGUGGAGUCCGUCCCCGACAUGACGAAGGAAUGCGAUCUCAUCCAGGCGCUCAAGAACACGGAGGCUGGGAGGAUCAAGGGCUCCAAGAACGUCGAGAACCCUGCUCAGUCAUCCUACGUUGCCAUCGUAUACGACUCGAAAGUGUCGGGCGAAUGCUCCCAUCGGCCCCAUCUGAGGCAGGUCUACUUUCGCUCUGAACACUGCAAGCGGUUGCUCAAGGUCGCGCUCAACCUGAAGGAGCCCGAUGCGAUCGCGGACGGCGACCUCUACAUCCUGCCAGACGGUGGCAAGCACGGUAACGAGAUGGCGCUGCUGAGUGGUCUGUGCGACGCGAACCAGAAGGCCCUUCAGAAAUGCAAGAAGGUGCUGUACGUGAUGUACUCCGAGUCCAGCAUCCGGGAGAGGCUCAAGAUCUGCCGGAACACAAGCGGUGCUCUACAGGUGGAGCGGACGUUCCUCAUCACCAGCAGCUCGCUGACGCUCCCAGACAUGCCGCGCAUCCACUUCGAAGGAACAUCCAACGGCGAGUUCGUGGGGCCCGUGGCAUGGGCACCUUUCGACUCCUCCGACACGUGGUGCCUUCCCCAGGCCAUCAAGAAGACUGUGAUCACAAAGACCAACGUGGUUCUCGCAGGGGGCUCGACCUACGCCCCUGACACUACCACCGACGAGAAGAAGGAAUCGGAGAAGGAGAUCGCCUUCAUUCGCUCCUUGAAGAAGGAGAGCGAGCCUGUUUUCUUUCACGCUACGCCGACAAAGUUGUGGGAAGAGAUCUUGCGCUGCCACAACGUCAAGGCGGCGGUGGACCUGACCCCUGCAGAUGGGGCGAGGGCUCUGGCAGCCAUCCGCGCCCGCAUUCCUUACGUCGGGGUGGCCUUCAACACUGCCCAUCGCGAUCAGCUCUUGAUGCACAUCGACAAGACCGUGCUGAAGAUGUUCCAGGUCGAGGGCGACAAGCUUUACCAGCCAGCGUUCGCCGAGCUCUUGAAGGACAGCCCCGUCGAGGAAGCUGGAGCAGAUGAGACGAACAAGAAGACCUCUGCUGGCAAGCGCAAGCGCGAGACAGCUCAGAAUGGCCAGAAAGAAGAUCCCAAGCAGGCUGCAGCUGGUGGUCAGUCCGGUGGGGGCUCCGAUGACGCCAAGAAAGCGUUGCUCGCAAGGGUCGCGCCCCUGUCCAAGGGCAAGGCCGACGCCGCGGCGGGCGGCUCCAAGGGCGGCAAGCGCCAGAAGAAGGAGGCGAACGCGGAUGAGGAGAUGGACGAGGAUGGCAUCGACGAGCUCGAUGAUGAUAUGGGCGAGGCUUGA